UGAUUUCAGAAAGUGGGCAAUGCAAAGCCUGUUUAUACAUGGAGCUAGGCUUAUAGAUUGUUUUUUUUCUUCCACCUAAUGUUAUUUGAUUUUACCUGGAGGCUUUUCUAUGUGUGUAUAUAUAUAUAUUAAUUUGGAAAAGCUGUCUGAGAUGUCUUUUGUGAAACUGUUUUCUGUUUGCUGGCCUGCAGAGGAACUUGUUUAUAAUUUGAGGGAGAGCCUGAAACCCCAGAAGAAUUGCAUCUUUUACUGCCAGUCCUGUGGUGAUGUCAUAGUAAAAGAACGGAAAUUUCUCAGAGUUCUUCCUCUACCAAGUGAAAACUGGAGUGCUUUAGUUGAAGAGUGGUGUUGUCACCCUAACCCCUUUGCCAAAAGCACUUUGCACCCUCAGCGUGAUGACUGUUUUCUUGGAGACACUUUUUUUCUGUUGAAUUCAGGAAACGAAUCGCAUGUGCCUGAACCUCCCAUCUGCUGCUCAGAGACUGGACAUCACGCUUCUCAGAAUGGCUCUACCUUGAAAUCAAAGGAAAAUACCAGAGUAUUUUGUAAGCGCUGCAAGGCAAUGCUGGGAGAAACGGUAUCAUCAGAUACUAUUAAAUACUAUGUCACUGAGGUGAUUGUACAACCAUCUGAGGGAAAUUUCAGCAUAAUAGCACGGUUUCAAUUUGUACAGAGCAUGGUUGCUCAGUGUCUUAUGGAAUUGUCCUCUGCUAAAAGCACAUUUAGAUUCACCAUAAAAGGGGAUGAUGGAAAGAUCUAUAUUCUGAUAUGGCUUUUAAAUUCUGACACAUUGCUGGUGGAGUCUUUAGGAAGUUCCUCCUCCCACAAUGUUUUUACGCUGUUUGAAGAUAUUUUCCUGCCUAACUCUGGACCAGUGGGGACCUGGAGUGCCAUCAAAGUUCUUUACCAGCCAUGCAUUAAGAGCAGGAAUAAAGACCUUGCUGAUGCAUGGGAAAAUGAUUUUGGAGUUCAUCCCUUAAAGUUCCCAUCAGAAACCUGUCUGGAAUUGUUGCUGAUACUGGGACUGAGUACCACCUCUCUGCCCCCUUCACUUCAGUGCAUGAACUCUUUUCAGGGGCGUGUUGAGCAAUGUCUUGUAGCUCCGCUCCGUGUCCUUGAUGUGACUAAUCCGUAUCUGCAGGACAGGCAUGCAUUUCUGCACUAUGGCUUUAUGACAUCUGGUGCUGCUGUGGAGAUGCUGAUGGGAAGGUAUUAUCCCACUUAUCUAACGUGUGGUAUGGCUGCACUUCCUUUAAUGGAAAGGAGUUGCCUGUUUCUAUCAGCCAGAAACCAAACAAACUCUAUCACAUCUAAACCUAAGCUGAAACACUGAAUGGGAAAAAUGCAGGCAGAGCUUACUGCUGGAAGCACAAAAUUUUGUGAUUGCUUCAGUGCUCUGUGGUGGAGAGUCAGGACCUAAAUCUCCUAAGCUGAGAUUCAGAAUUUGACAUCUGUUUCUCCCAUGCCUGUUUACCACUACAGUAGAAAUCAGAGAGGGUGAAUCUGGGCAUAUCAUAAGCAGAAGUAGGUUUAAUUACAAAAAUCGUGAGCUCCCGGGGAGAGCCAGUGUACGUGGAGUACACAGGCAAUUUGCCUCUUCUGGAAAUACAGUUCCGUGCUGCUUGAGAGGGAAGAUCUGCCUGAGGAAUCAGCUCAUUUGCAUGCAAUUCUCUCCAUCUAGACUCCAACAACAAACACCUGGGUGGGCUUCUUAAAAACGAAGUAUUCGCUUCCAUACGGAGGAAAAAGACCUAAGGGAUGAAGUGUAAUAUCAGCAUCUGGCGAUACAUUUCGUUGUAGUUUUCUUAGAAAAUGUGCUCAGAUAUGUUAUUAGCCAUUUAGCCGUGAAUGCACAAUUGAUUACAGAAAUCUAAUUUAGAUAGCCUGGUACGGCCCAUCUUAUCAACUCCUCAAACGGGGUGAAGGUGGAACUAAUCAGGAUUGAAAGUGUCUUGAUUAAUACCAUUCAUUUUAUUUCCUGUUUGCUUCUAUUGUGAAAAGUCUGAUUUUCCCAAUUCAUUUUGAAUUCUAAAAGUGUAGCUGUUUGCUUAGGUGUUAAUUAUCCACUGCUUGCGUCCAUAAAGUCCUAUUAGACACAAACUGAGGGUUGAUGUUCUUUAUGAACAGGCACCAAACUCCCAGAGUGUUUAUCAGGAAUGUGUUAUGAAAUGAGAUCAGCCAAAUACCUCUGUUUACGUACCUCAUUAUAUACCUAAAGAAGAGUCUUUAUAUGGGAGGCCUGAUACGUUUUGAGAACAUCUGUUCUUCUGCAUUAACUGAGACUGUCACCCUUCUGACUGAGAAACAGGCUCUGCUCAAAAGAAAUGUUUAGACCCAUGUAAGAUCAAAUAAUGCUGUAUGUGUUUGAUGUGGUGUAUAGGUAAUUCUUCUGAGCUGCUUCCCUCCUAAACUUUGAUUCAUCCAAGUUAGUCUUAGCUCUGUGCAGUUCAUAAUGAACAGAUUGACUUGAGUGAGGAGUAAGUUCCAAUCUCCCAGCAAACGAGGUACAGAAAUCUAGUUACCAGCUGCACGGAGCUAGGCAGUCAGCUGUUGUCUUGAAAAUAAUACUGAGUCACUGGACACCAGUGGUUCUCUAAUGGAUUUUUUUUCCUUAAGGUUUCAUGUUAUUAUGCUGUGUGCUUUGUGAAUGGGGAUUGUUAUGGGAAGCUGUGAUGCUCUUCAUUUCCUUUAAGAGUCUGAAUGGAAGUUUUGAAACUACUUAAGCCCAGCAAAAAUCUGAGAUGCAUUUAUAAGGUUGCUUCUCAGUAGGUUUACAGGUGCUUUAAAAAUAGAUGGAUUCAACCUUACCAGAUUGCAGCUGUGGGCUGGAAUAGGUGUGUAUUACCACGGAGUACAAAAUUCAGAGGGAUCCUGGAAGAAGAUGUCACUGAGUCCUAGCGUUGUAUUAGCAGGCAGGGCAUCUUGCCAAGGCACUCAGAGCAGUUGAGCAGCGUUAUGCGUUGAAGAGCUGGAAACGGUAAUGAUGUCUUCAAGGAGACAAAUGGGCAAAUAUACUGAAGUCUGCAAAGCCAGAGUGUAAUAAUUGAAUCGAUGACUUGACUAUGAUAAAGUACAUGGUGGACGAAAAGGAAGAGGGUUGUUAAGCUCUCCUUUUUUAUUGUCAGUUGAAAAUGAGUCUGGAAUGGAUCUUUUGGUUAAGAAGUCAGUAAUGCCCCCAGUGAGAAACAUACGGUUUGCCUUCUCUCGGAAAUACAAGUCCAUCAUUCUGUUGCGAUGUCAGUAGGAAGGCACUGGGCUCUGAGUCUGUGUGCUUAAAUCAUAGGUCUCUGAUCCGUGCUUGAUGGUCGGUGACAAAUGGCAGUGCUUGAAAGCUCUUGCUUGUUAGGGAGGAAAACUUUUUAGGUUUAGAGAUUAGGAAAGCUAGAAUGGGAAGAUACGUGGAUGUGGGGGGAGGUCAAAUGGCUGUCUGUCCAGAGGCAGGGUAAAACAUGAAGGAAUAUGGAAGAGAAAAGCAGUAGGCUGCUGCUGUUCCCAUUGACAUAAACCAGCCAAAUUCUGACAGACCUCAAAGAGAGCAGGACCAUUUCCAUCAUCUCUUAAGUUGCUUGCUGUUGUGACCAGUAGGAAAGAUCAGUUGUGCAAAUAUUUGUUUGUACUGCAGCCCCACUACUUCUGAAUUAAAGGAAGCUACUCUGCACGUGGGCGUGCGAGGAAGUAUCUCAGCAUAUACAUUUCACAGAGCUCCCAAAAUAAGACUUGGAAUACUCUACAGGAUGAAGAAAGAGAAGGGCACAAGGGUGUGUAGGUAUUAACACAGCCUACUAAAAUGCAGCAAUCAUUUAGCCUUCAACGGCAAGCUGUUAUUGCCUUGAGGUGAAACCUGGCAACCAUUUCACAGCACAUAGGAAAACUUGCAGGAAUCCGACGAGGCAAUAGCCAAGUGAGAUCACAGGGAGCCUCGGGUGGGCAGAAUGGGAGUGCUGCUUGGACUUCUGCCAGGCUUUCUGGUUAAUGUUUCUCUAUCUGUCUCCCAGCAG